AUGGCGACUGCUGGCGCAUCAGAAGGGACUAUGCCUCCCAAUAGCACGGUAUAUGUCCGUAAUCUAGAGGAGCACAUCAAGAUCGAGCAACUCAAGCAAUCACUGGAAGAGAUCUUCUCAGAAUUUGGAAAUGUGCUUGAGAUCGUCGCAAAGACCAACCUUCGUGCCAAGGGCCAGGCUUUCAUUGUCUUCGACAGCGUGGAGGCUGCCACUCGCGCCAUUGAAGAGGUGAAUGGAUUUGAUCUUUUCGAUAAGCCCAUGGUCCUAGAUUACGCGAAGACGAGGAGCGAUGCUACUGUGCUACGGGAAAACGGCACGGACGAGCUAGAGGCUCACAAGAGGCGGCGGAUGGCCGAGAAGGAGCGGAAACAAGCCCAUGAAGCCCUCGAGGCUCAGAAGAAGCUGAAGCGUCCCGCUGCCGCUGCCGAGCCUGCUCGCCCCGCAAAGACGACCAAGGGUACUGGGCUCAAGCCUACCUCUGGUACUACCACCGCCGUUGUCCCCGACGAGUACCUUCCGCCCAACAAAAUUCUAUUCCUGCGGGAAAUCCCAGACGAUUCCAACGAGGAGGCCCUGUCAUCUAUCUUUGGUCGCUUCGAAGGAUUCAAAGAAGUCAGAUUGGUUCCUGGUCGCAAAGGUAUCGCAUUCGUCGAGUAUGAGACUGAGGCAGGAGCUAUUAGCGCAAAGGAGGCUACUUCGGGUAUGCCCAUGGGCGAACAGGGCAAAGCCAUCCGCGUUACCUACCAGAGACAGUAG